AUGUAUCUUUCCCCACAGAUAAGCGAAGUGCGCGAUGUGAUCACUGGCUUGCGCUUUUCCCCAAAUGACAAUGUGGAUGCUGGUAUUCGGAAAGUGAUGGACAGUUACCAUGACGAAUCCGCCUUGGCACUUCCCUCCCUGGAACCCUUCAUGCCGCUUAUAGGUAAAUUCUAUGGCGAGAGUGGUGUAGGUGUUUCUGGGACCAUGGAGCAGCUCAUCGACAUGAUCAAAGCGGCCCUGGUAGCUGAAUCCAAGGGAAGUCCAACCGCACAGUGGCUUGAGGAACAGCUAAAAAGCUUUGAAGAGCGUUCACCCACAUCACUUAAAGUUAUUUUGAAACAACAACAACUUGGGCGAAAGCUCUCCCUCAUCGAUGUCUUCAAGAUGGAGUAUCGACUGAGUCAGCGGUUCAGUGAGGGACAUGACUUCCCCGAGGGUGUAAGGGCGGCUCUGAUUGACAAGGACAAGUCGCCAAAAUGGAACCCCGCCACCCUCGCUGAGGUGACCGAAGACGCGCUGAAGUCGCUGUUUGAGCCAUUAUCAGCGGCAGACGAGUGGUCACCAUAG